AUGUCGUCAAAUACUAAUCAGGUUGAUCGCUUCUGUCGCCAGUAUCUGCAACUACAGCCCGAAUUGGAGUAUCCAGAGCCGGCAUUGUUAAAGACUUCUCAAGCUCAGGAUGAAAUUUACGGGAGGCUAUUCGCCGAAGGUGCUGUUCGAUAUGGUCCUCCUCCACGGUUUCAACUGAGGGUUCUCAAAGAGCUCAUGUCCCGAAUUGAGGCUAGUAUUGAUGAUUGGGAAGAGUAUGGAGUAUCCGAUGAUCUAAUGUCUGUCCUCUCACUUUACCUUGCAAAUCCUGUGCCGUCAGAAACUACCUCUGCCCAACGAAAGGCAUAUGUCACUUACUAUCUAUCUGAGCUGUGCCAAGCAGAGGCGCCUACUUCAAAGACUUCUCAGACGCCUCAAAUAACUAUUCUUGAGAACCAAUCUCUCCUCUCAGGCUCAGGAACCACUGGACUUCGCACGUGGGAGGCUGCCCUACCUCUAGGAUCAUAUCUAUGUCGGAACAGUCAUAUUGUUAAGGACAAGCGCAUCCUGGAGUUGGGCGUUGGAACUGGUUACAUUUCCAUUCUUUGUGCGAAGUUCCUUGGCUCUCAGCAUGUUAUUGCAUCGGAUGGAUCCGACGAUGUGAUCAACAACCUUCCUGACAACCUCUUCCUCAACGACCUUCAGGAUUCCGCCCUGGUAACCCCAAUGGAAGUCAAAUGGGGCCACGCACUUAUGGGUACCGAAGAAGAGAAAUGGAAUGGUGGACGUCCUAUUGAUGUUGUCCUUGGCGCCGACAUUACUUACGAUAAGAGGGUGGUGCCAGCCUUGAUCGGGACUCUGGUCGAUGUAUUCGACCUGAACCCACACGUGGAGGUAUUCAUAUCAGCAGCUGAACGUAACGAGAAGACCUUCCAGGCGUUUCUGAGCCAGUGUCGAGCUAACGGGCUUACCGUCGAAGUUUUACAAUCAGCAAUCCCAAAGCGAGAGGUCCAACAGGGUCCAUUCUACGACGACACUGUUGCCAUCCACAUCUGCAAAAUUCAUAAAUCAUGA